ACAAAACGGGGAGUCGCGAGUCAAUCUUACUGCGCAUGCGCGUUCUACCCGGCUAGAAGCACGGAGCGAAAUUAAGGAAGAAAAAAAAACAAAUUUGAAAGUGAAAACAGCGGCGACAUUUUCACGAGGAUGCCUUCCGAGAGCGGCAGACUCUGACCAAAAGGAGGUGCGUUGGUUCAUUAAGAGCGUCUUGGUGACACGGCAACGUUUUCCGUGUUAUGCUAAAAUCUUAGCUGUUGUGGUAGAUUGUUGCUGUGCUGUCAACCAAGGAGAAGUUAUGGCCUGUGCCCGGGUACCACUGGACGAGCAGCAGGUGACUGAACGAGACGCGGUGGGCAAGGAGCGCUCGUUGCCCGCACUGCACCCCGACAGGAAGGAGGAGCGCUUCUUUGUGCCUUACGUGCCUCUGUCAGCAGAUGCCUGUCCAGCAGAGGUGGAGGAGUUCCUGGAGCGAAGCAAAUUCAUCCUGGAAGAUUUGGAAUGGCUACUCGCGCUGCCGCAUGACAAAUUUUGGUGUCAGGUUGUGUUUGACACAUCGCUGCAGAAAUGCUUGGAUUCGUACCUCCAUCAUGCCCCUCGUCGCCUUGACCUGGUCCCUGAGCCCUCAUCUCCGGGAGUGGCAGAAACUCAACGCGCACUCCACCGUGCGGUCUUCUUUGUCUUCCUUAGAAUGGCCACUCACAAGGAGUCCAAGGAGAACUUCAUUACACCUGCUGUGUUUGGGGAAGUUCUGUAUGAGAACUACCUGUUUGACAUUCCCAAAAUAAUGGACCUGUGCAUGCUGUUUGGGAAAGGCAACGCUCAGCUGCUGCACAAGAUGAUCGAGAACAUCUUCACCCAGCAGCCGUCUUAUUACAGAGAUCUGGAUGACACUGUGCCCACCAUUUUGGCGGUGUUUGACACCAUCGAGGAGAAGUGUGGUGUCCGCUGUGACGCUGCUGCUGCCGCCGAGCCCAUGAAGCUCAAUGCCCGCAAUCAACCCACUUCCAUCAGCAUGACUCAGCAGGACUUUGUGGACAUUGUUCUGUACCUUUGUGACACCAGCAGUACGUUGCACGCCUUUCUGAAUAUCUUCCCAGCCGCCUGUUCCACCUUCCAUUCACACAGCUUCCUCAGCAGAUUGACCUCUUUUUAUGAAAGCGUUGUGCCUGACCUGGAAAUGGCCUUGACAAAGAGGAAAUUUGAGGAUAAGAGUCUCCAAGAGGAUGUGUGGCAGAGGUUGUCCCACUCAUGUCGUAAGAUGCUGGAGAUUGCUCACCUGCUGCUGCAUCACACCUGCCUGCAGCCCAUUCUGGAGGGGGUAGAAAACAUGCAAACAUUUGCUGAAGAGCUCCUGCAACACUUCACGUCGUUUCUUUCUGAGAAAAGAUUCUUGUGCGACUACGACAAGCUGUUUCCCAUCGCAGAAGAUGUCAGCCUGCUCCAACAAGCACUUCCUGUCAUCGACGAGACCAGGACAUCCUACCUCCUCCAGGGUGUCCACAGUGCCCGGGACAGCAUGGGCAGAAGCAAACCACAACCCACGGUGUCCGUGUCACAGUUGGCCAAUCAAGAAACAAUGCGUGAGGCUUCACUCUCCAUCGGUCAUGAUGUGAGACAAGCAGAAGGUGGCAGAGAGAGUCCUAGGGGGGCUGAGGCCAUGCUGGAUGCCCCUCGUAGAGGAAGCAAUGGUGCCAUUUGUCCGGUGAGCGAAGCUGAGCUGGAGUCACUGCUGUCGUGCAUCCGGGACCUGCUGCCUGACUUGGGUGAGGGCUUCCUGAUGGCGUGCCUAGAGGAAUAUGGCUAUGACUCAGAGGUGGUCAUCAACAAUAUCCUGGAGGGGCAACUGGCACCUGCCUUGGACGCAAUGGACCGCAGCAUGCCAAGGCCAGUGAAAGAAAACCUCCCUGGGGUCCUAAGCAGUAGAUCCAAUGUGUUUGACGACGACGAGUUUGACGUAUUCCGCAGGGAUCGUGUGGACAUGACUCGUGUCUGGAAGGGAAGGAGGAAAGGCGAGAGCGUGGAGGAGCUACUGAAUGACAAGCAGCACAUAUCUGAGCAGCGCACCCGCUACCAGGCCUACCAGACGGUGGUGGAUGAGGUUGAGUUGCAGCCAGGGGACACGGCAGAAGGCGCAAGGGGCACAUCAGCUAGCUACGGCAUAGGCGAUGAGUAUGAUGACGAGUACGACGACACAUACGACAUGAACCAAGUGGGAGCCAACGACCAGGAUGGAGACACUCUGCUGAACAGGAGACCCUUCACAAUACCUAGAGUUCUGCAGAAAGCUAACAAAGCUGAGGAACCACAGGAAGAAGAAAACCAAGAAGACCAAGGACUGCAGAGCAACAUGAACAGAGACCAGUUUAUAGAGGACCCCGCACUGCUGAGGGAGCGAGUCGAAGCCAAACGAACAGCCAUGCAGGAGAGGAAAGGGAUCCGGGUGGAGCAUCCCAGCCAUGUGGUGGGCCGUCCCAAAGGCCAGGGGCAGACGCUGGAAACAUUCCUGGAUAGACGAAAGAAGGAGGCCAACAAGGGCCGUGGGGCCAACCACAACCGCCGCAACAUGGCUGACCGCAAGAGGAACAAAGGUAUGAUCCCCUCGUGAUGGGAAAAGAAGCAAAAGAGGACUGAUGUUUUUUUUUUUUUUUUGACUGAUGCUCUUCUUUGGACAAUUUAUUUGAUUGGAAACCAAAGCCAAGAGUUAUUCAAUGAAGAAAAAAAAAAAAAAGGCAAACCAAAAACUUAACAUUUGGAAGAAGUCGAAGUUUAUUGCAUUGACAUUAUUCAGUUUGCCGCCUUCAUGUCACAAACAGCAAUUCACCAGAUUUUGUACAUGGACUUCAUCUGUCAGCACUUUGUAACCACAGAACAUGAAAAUACUUGGAAUAAAUACUCGACUAAGGUCUCCAA